CAAAAAAUUGCUCAAAAGAGCAUUUAGAACUGGUAAAGCAGGCAAAAUGGACGGCAAAUUAAUUUUCUUGCUAUUUUCUAUGCAACUAUGGCAUUUCAGCAUGGCAAAUGAAAUACCUGAUGUUUUGGUGCAGUCAAAUGAAUUGGGAAAAUGCGUUAGCAGCUGCAAGGAUUUCCCAAUCAAAAUUGGCAAUAAACUGUACCACAUCGAGUCCAACUUGAAGGUGAACUGGUUUCAGGCAGCGGAGAAUUGUCGCAAAUGGGGCGGACAUUUGCUUAACAUUGAGAACAGCACUGAAAUGGACGUGAUAGUCUCCAUAGUGCCCUCUAAUCGUUUCUGGACAUCCGCAAACUGCUUGGCCAAAACUGGGAACUUUAUUUCGAUAGCAACCGGAGAGGCCAUGCCUUACUAUAGAUGGAAGGCUGGGCUACCGGACAAUAAAUCUGGAAAUGAAUACUGUGCCGAAGUUGCCGCAGGCGGUCUGAAUGAUGAAGCUUGUGAAACUCUUCUGAAUUAUGUGUGCCAGGCGAACAUCCUAUAA